AUGCGUCUGAAUAGUGCAAGUACCUCUGAUUUUGCAGCUAUGCUGUUGAGGGACAUGGACUUAUCCACUAACCAACAAAUAAAUGCUUUCACUAUUCUAAAAGGCUUUCUAGCCAUGGUAGAAAGGCAUUUUAACAAGAAGGUCAAAAUCACAAGGUCAGAUAAUGCCUUUGAAUUGGGAAGUGGGAACACUCAAUCAGAACUUAUUAGUCACAAGUCUAAGUCUUCUUCUGAUGUUUCUUUACCUACUGCUAAAGUUAAUGCAAGUAACCAGACUCCUGAAGUUUUGCCCGUUGACACCAGACUACACACUGAAGUUUCCCAAGAGCCUACUGAAUCACCAAUCGAUUUCGGUUCUUUUCCAAUUUCCUCAAUUCAUCCUAGGACACCUAUUCCCUCUUGUUCUUCUUCUAGGUUCUCUAUAGAUUCUCCAGUAUCAUCUAGUCAAUCACAUACAUCUGUACCUGUUUUUCCUUCUCCAAAUUCUAAUCCUAUGAAGGAUGUUCUUAUUAGGAAGUCUACCAGACCACACACAAUUCCAUCUUACCUCAAGGAUUAUAUCUGUAAUGCACUCCAACUCACAGAUGUUAGCAACUCUUGCUUUCUCACACCCGUUACACCUACUUGUAUAUCUUUCAGUGGACUAUCUUCUACUAAUCAACACAUGCUAAACACACUGUCAAAUAUACAAGAACCUAUCAACUAUUUACAGGCAGCACAUCAUCCAAGGUGGCAAGAAGCAAUGAACAAAGAGAUUGAGGCUCUCGAACUUAAUAAGACUUGGGAAGUAGUUGAAUUACCACCUGGGAGGAAAGCUUUGCCAUGCAAAUGGGUUUAUAAGGUUAAACAACAUUCAGAUGGCAGUGUGGAAAGACUAAAGGCAAGAUUAGUUAUUAGGGGAGACAUACAGAAAGAGGGCAUAGACUUCAAUGAAACUUUUCACCCGUGA